AUUAUAUACAUCUGCAUGCUAAAGCUUUUUGUCUUUCCACUGUUAUAAUGUUCUCUCCAAGGGAGACUCUUGCCGCAGGAUUUUUCAUCCUGGUUUUUAUAAUUAGCCAACUAAGAUCUUCAACUGCAGCUGACGGUGCUUGUAGCACCGGCGCCAGCAGCACUCUGGGAGACGGAUGCACCAUUAGUGACGACUGCAGCAAGAUCACGUGCAAAAUGGAUUUUGUCGACGAACCGAUCACAUUUAAGCUCGAGGUCAAUAAGUGUGAUGACCCAGUCAGUGUAACCGCGACAAUGGACGUCCCAGAUCUGCGUAUCACCUGGUCUCAUACUUACACCAGUGACGACAUUGUAGAAGUACCAGGCUUCACUGCUUCCUUGCCCUCUAUCGUUUCCGCUGGUGUGUACGUGCAAGUCGGGCUCACUCCCAAGGGCGACGAACUCCGUGUAAAGGUGAAACUCCUGGCUGGAGGAGAGAUUUUGGGAAAAGGCGUUUAUCCUGUGAAGGCGACCGUGAUGGAGGGAGACCUGCCAAUUAAUACCAAUGCAUGUGGUGCCCUGGCUUGGUGGCAUGAAAUGAACGAUGGUAGCAAGGGAGCUGUGGUUGGCGGCUCGAUUCUCUUCGUCAUCAUCAUGAUCAUCUGCUGCUAUUGCUGCUGCUGCAGGUCCCGACCGAACAAUCAAGGGGUCAUCCUCAUGCAACCUGCUGGUGGCCCUUCUGUCAUUACAACUAGCAACAACGCCAACGUUGCUAUGGGACCUCUGGCCCACAAAACUUGAGACGCUACUUGCUUUGCUGUAACCAGUCCUGAACCCAGAGCCUUUAUUCCUUACUGCACAUGCUAAUAUGUAGACAGACUUACCUGACAUUUUGAAUUCAAGUAGUAAAAUUGGACUCCCAUAUUGUGUAAAUUUAAAAUGUCUCCAAUAGUGAAGGUGGGCGCCAUGCUAAUUUCAUAAUCCGACAUAACGUGCCCGGGUCGCAGCACAAUCUCUCUAGCCGCCUUUCUUUUCUUUUUCUUUCAAUAACAAAAUGAAGCCGUUGUUACUGAGUUUUCCUACGUAAAAGUUUCUGUACAAAUUUUUAAGUAGCGCAGCUCACUAAAAGAUUAUCACAGGAAUGCCAAGAUACAUGUAUUUCUGACAACAAGAGCUCGAUAAAUCAAAGUGUUCUCGAUAGAUGUUAGGCCAACUUCAUAAAAUGCUUUGUUCUCCAUCCCCUGACCACCCAGAUCUGGUUCUAUUGUUUUUGUUUUUGUUUUGUUUUACCUUUCUUUUUUAAUAACGGAAAACUAAAAAAACUGUUCGAUUUAUUGCUUGCUCCCACCUUUUAGUAAUGAUAAUGGUUAUUGAUUCGUUACUCAAUAAUUGCUUACCGCGUCUCUGGCUCUGUUUGGUUAUGAUAGUAAUUAAGUGUUUUAAUGUACACCUAAAAUGGUUUAGUUAAUAUAGAUUUAGAAUUUCUGUAACAGAAAGCCCAGCGGUAGGUGAGUUUAGAUAAGCUCUUUUAGAUGGACAUCUUUGAAUCCAGUAGUUCAAGCGAGAGCUUCCCAACCGCCUUUCCUAGGUUUCAGGUGCUACUACUUUUGAAGCUUUGUAAUAAAUGAUUGUGUACCCCAUCUCUGAGUUCGUUUCUUCGUGAUAGUAUCGUGAUUAUCUCAGAUCGUGACUAAAACACCACACGAGAACAAACGAGUAAAAUACGAGUACAUACGAGUACA